AUGCGGAAACCAGGAACCACCAAUAAGGCCGAGAGGUCUAAGAAGACCGCAGCUCAAAAGGCGGCAGCCAAACCUGGCCAGACUUUCUGGCACACCAAUAACAGCGUCCUGUCCAGAGAGAAAAACAAGAUCUCUCAGGACACUGUACAGGAACAGCUGGAGAACGCCCCCGGGCCCAACGAUGCCACAAAGUCAGGCUACCCCCACAGAUUCAAGAACAUACGGCAAGGUGAAAAGAACGAACGCCUCUUUGAUACCGGCUCAAACAGCUCCACCACUUCAUACCGCGAGUACCCCGUGAUGUCAGACGGUUCGAAUUAUGACUUUGACGAACGCCCAAAGCCCAACCCGGGCCCUUUUCGGGCUAUCACCAACCAGAAUAAGACGUUUAAAGGAGUGAUAGCGCACGAUGGCAAGAAUGGAAGAACCAAUGCUGGGAAUUUCCACCACAAGACGGACGUCAGCUAUUUCUUGUCGGAAGUCCGCGAUUUUUACGGGGAGAAAGAACACACAUGGACGCAGAAAAUGCGGCGAGCGACCAAACACCAGCAAAGAAUACCGAUGACGCUCCGCGAGAGACCAAUUCCCUAA